CACGUGGUUCCGCCUCCCUCCCUCCCUCCCUCCCUCCGGGGACUGGAAACCCCGGGCGGCAGCAACAGGUCCCGGCGGGUCCGAAGGCGCGGUCAGGUGGCGGCGGCAGCUUCGGGGACGCCAGCAACCAUGGCUUCCUGCCCAGACUCUGACAACAGCUGGGUGCUGGCUGGCUCCGAGAGCCUGCCCGUGGAGACCCUGGGCCCGGAAUCCGCGGUGGACACCGAAUCAGAGCGAGCUCCCCGGGCACUCAGGAGCCCCUCCAAGGCUGCUGCGGAAGAGUCCACUGGAGCUGAGGAGGGAGGAGAGACCGAGACCGUCUUCCAGUCUGGGGAAAGCUCCCAGUCUGGGCCCAUUCUGCCAGAGAAGACUGUGGCCGAGGGUGACCAGGAAGGCGAUGGCUGUGCUGGGGGGCCCCCUGGCCUGGGAGACACGCUGGUCCAGGGAGACUCGGACGAGGGCCCUGGGGUGGCAGGCCUGGGACUGGACACAGAGGACCCGGAGGGUCAGAGCCCCCCAGGAAACCUGCCUUCAUUGCCCAACAUAGCUCGGCCCAGGGAGGAGGCCCGAGGCUCCAGCAGCGAGGACGACCCGGAAGUGGACGUGGAAGGUCUGCGGCGACGGCGGGGGCGGGGCCGGGAGCCUCGCGCUGCUCAGCCCGCGGGGCCCCUGCGCGCGGAGGGCCAGGCCGGAGGCGAGGGUGCGGCCUGGGAGCUGGGCGUCUCCCUCAACGUGUGUGUCCUUGGGGCCCUGGUGAUGCUGGGGCUAGGGACCCUCCUCUUCUCCGGUGCCCUGACAGAGUCAGACAGUGGGCCCGCGGAGGAAGUAGACCUGCAGGUCUUCCCGGACACGGGGCUGGACACGGAGGUGCGGGACUCCGCAGGGCAUGUGCAGGAUGGGGCCCCGGGACCGGCGGACAGCAUCCCCAGCCUACAGAGCAUGGGGGCACUGCUGGACAGGCUCGCCAAGGAGAACCAGGAUGUGCGGCUGCUGCAGGCCCGGCUGCAGGCCCAGAAGGAGGAGCUCCAGAGCCUGAUGCAACAGCCCCGGGAGCUGGAGGAGGAGAACACUGAGCUGCGGGGGGCCCUGCGGCGGGGCGAGGCGGCCCAGCGGGCCCUCGAGGCAGAGCUGCAGCAGCUGCGGGCCCGGCUGCAGGGGCUGGAGGGCGACUGCCUCCGCGGCGCAGAUGGGGUGUGCCUCAGCUGGGGCCCGGGCUCUGCGCCAGCCGGGGCCACCGAGCAGCGAGGCCCCGGGGAGCGGGAGCCGGGCGCCGGCUUCCUGCAGCAGAAGCAGCGGCUGGAGGCCGAGGCCCAGGCGUUCCGGCGGGAGCUGGAGAGACAGCGGGAGCUGCUGGGGUCCGUGCGGCGGGACCUGGAGCAGAGCUUGAGGGACGUGGGCCGCGGGGACCCGGCGCGUGCUGGCCUGACCGCGCUGGGCCACAGACUGGCCCGGAAGCUACAGGACCUGGAGAAAUGGGGCCGGCACACGGGGGUCCCUGCCAAUGCCUCCGAGGCCCGCUUCCAGAGCUCCAGGGCAGGGGGUGGAAAGGAGAAGUGGCGGGAUGGGCGGGGGGCCCGGAACACCGAGCCCUGGAAGCACAGGAAGGACGGCCGCGAGGGAGGGAAGAGCUGGGGGGGCGAGGAGGACAGGGAGGCCGCGGGGAGGGCCCAGGAGUGGAGCAGCAAGAAGGGCGGCCAGCGGCAGGGCCCCGGGGAGCCCCCGAGGAGGAGUGGGGGCCUGUACCCCCCCGCGGGGCGGCAGGAGCACUUUCAGUGGAAGGAGGGGGCUAAAGGCCGGCGGGACCCCCUGGGCCUGUGGGCAGAGCUGUCGAGGCACAAGUACCGGCCGCCCCAGGGCUGCUCGGGUGUGCCUGAGUGUGCCCGGCAGGAGGGCCGGGCCUUCGGUGUGGAGCUGGCCCCGGUGCGGCAGGAGGAGCUGGCCUCCCUGCUGAGGACUUACCUGGCUCGGCUGCCCUGGGCUGGCCCCCUGACCGAGCAGCUGCCCCUCUCACCUGCUUACUUCAGCGAGGACGGCAUCUUCCGCCACGACCGCCUCCGCUUCCGGGACUUUGUGGAUGCCUUGGAGGACACCCUGGAGGAGGUGGCUGUGAGGCAGACGGGGGAUGACGAUGAGGUGGAUGACUUUGAGCAUUUCAUCAUCAGCCACUUCUUUGGAGACGCAGCGCUGAAGAAGAGGUCUGGGAAGAAGGAGAGGCCCUUGCGGAGCCCGGGGAGGGGCUGAGGCCUGGCGUCCCCUGGUCCCAGGGACCACGCUCUCCUCUGGCUCCAAGGGGAGCAGAAUCACUCAGCACUGAGGCCACUUCUGCAGGAGAAGGCCUUAGCUGGCUUGGCCUUGCUGUCUAUGCAAAUGUGUGCAAAUGCGGGCGUGACAGCCCGAGCAGGUGGCGGGGUGUGUGACGGAAUGCUCAUUCUGCAGCCACAGCUUUCACCCUUGCGCGUGUGCCCCCCACAGCGGGCCCCUUGGCUCCAUGCACGGACCCCAGUCCCCGGGGAUGGGGGCCCAGCCUAGGGCUUUCCCUGGAGUGUCGUUAGACUUGAAGCAGCCACCCCGGGGGCGGGGGGUGGGGUCCCCUCUUUACCUGUGCUGCUCACGUGGCGGCACCUCCCGUGCGCACUGUAGGCUCCACCCCCAGUAAAAUGCGUUGGAGCUGCGGGUGGGGGUGGUGUCCGAGCACAGGGGCCCCGCACCCGCCUUAUCCCCCACGCCACCCUCCCAGCCACCCCGGGACCGGGGCUGGAACUCCCCAUUUCUGCUCGCAGCCUUGGGGCCCCUGCGAGAUGGAGAUGACCAUGGGUUUCGGGUGUGAGCCUGCGGCUGUGUGAUCUCGGGCCGGCUCAUUCCGGGGAGCCUUGGGUUUCCGAGGCUCAAAACGGGCCUGGACCGCGGCGGAGAGACUAAAUAAAGCGGCGGAAGCUCGA